AACUUGUCUUCAGACAAAACUUGACAGCCUCCUCUCUGCCGUUUUCUGUCUCUUGCAGAAGGAAUUGCGUUUGGAACUCAAAACGAAAAUGGCACUUUUCACUGAAAGUGACAAGAAGCACCGUACAUAGGUACCUGUGGAGAGGCGGAGCUGUAGGAGUCCCGACGCUCCACCUGAUGAGCUGGGUGUUCUCGGAUUAGUGGGGAAGCGUUGUUUUGGCAUGACGCCUUCCCUCUCUCCUUCAAGCUCAGCCUCAAAAGCUCUGCGCAGAUACUGGUGAUUCACACUAGAACACCAAGUGAUGUCCUUGAGAAAACAAGCUGCAGAGAAGAGUGAAGGAGAAACAUAAGUUUGGAAUAUCUCAGCAGGGCCUCAGAGACACUGGGGCAUAUCUGCUACAAAGGUAGGUGGAUGCAACCCAAAAUGUAGGUGGCACACACAGAGGUACAAGCAUGGCGCAGAUGCACUCGAUGACCAGAGAUGCCGGCAAAGACGACCUCAAUGAACUUAUGCCUAUGCAUUUCAAAGGUUUGGCCAACCUGGAGCAUGUUGAUAAGGAUGGGGACACUCUUUAUCUACAUGAGUAUCUGGGAUCGAAGAGCCAUAUCAACGGUUUUGGAACACAAAUGGCGGAGCCGCUGCAUCAAAGAACCACUUCACAGACCUCGGUCCAAAUGAGACAUGGCGGAGGUCAACACGAAGCAGCCACAGAGAUGCACAAUGGCACCGACAACUCUAGAUGGAUCAAGCUUGCAAAGGCGGUGUCUGGACAAAUGGCUGGGGAGCCAGCUGAGCAGGAGAACACCCCCCCCCGCAUGGACGCCCUUGCUCUCUACCUGUCCAAGCCCCGUCCCAAGGGCAGAGGCUUGAGAAGGGAAGGCUCCCGCAGGGUCGCUCGCAAGCGGACUUUCGGCCUGGACCUGAAGCAGCUCGCUCAGCAGCGAGACGACAGUGACAGCGAGAUUGAGUGGGAAGCCAGGAACCAGGAGCUGGCGCGGCAGAGAGCCGAGCGCUCCGCGCAGAGGCAACUAGAGCGGGCGAGCCGGCAGAGGAGGCAGUCGCUGGCGGGGAAGCGGCAGUCCAUGGGGCCCCAGGCUAUGGAGCUGGACUCGGACGAUGAUGUCAUGGAGGACCUUGAUUUUGGCGGCGGUGGUGAGAUGGGGGAUUUGGGAGAGGACGAGGAAGGAAGGGCAGGAGAGAUGGCGGCGGAGGCCAACGGAGCCUGGAAGACAAACCCCCUCUUUGACGGCCCGGGCCUUGAGAGGCCCGCUCCCCCCGAAACACAAAAUGCAGCCCCACCUCCACCUCCGGUCCUGGCAGAGAGUGCGCCUCUCCCUGAACCCCCUGUCCAAGCACAAACCGAGUCGGCAGUCUCCCCUGUUCCAACACAGAUCACCCCCCUCCCAAAGAGCGCCGCAUCACACACCAGCUUGUCCGCCCAGGCCCAGAAGAUUGCCGAGCGGCUCCUCGCAAAGGUCGGCGCCGCAGUAACUAGAGCGGGGGCGAUGUCUGACGGCGGCACCCAAACUACCCCCUCGCUUGAGCUCCUGGCGCUUGCAGACCGGCCGCACAUCCAUCCCCCCGUUCUGGCCCUCCCCCCUGUUCCUAACCGUGAGCCAGUUUCGGUUGAAAAGCAACCCCAACCCCCCGGUUCAGAGAGAGGGGGUGAUGACGGCAGCCCCCUCCCCCAGGAUGUGAAUGCGGCCAUGGCGAUGGCUGCGCAGAUUGCGGAUGACAUUGACUUUCCCACAGUGGAGGAUUCGCCCCCCCCGGCUGAUACGGUUGGCUCCGGGGAGGGGGAGCAGGGCCCGCGCAAGCUGGCGUUUGGGAGCCCGGUGGAUGCGGGGCAGCCCGAAGGGGGGGGCGCUGAAGACGACGAUCAGCCGGAAGUGCUGGACGAUCCGCCAGAGGAACCGGUUCCAGAUCCCCCUAUCACAGACGUUGCGCCUGCGCCCCAGGCGCAAUCCCCGGCAGAGGACCACGCCCUGGUUCCAUAUGAAAAGCGGAAGCCGGCCGAGGUCCGGCGGCCCAAGUCGAGGAUUCAGAAGAGCAGGAAGAGUCUCGCAGGAGCGGGCUUGAUCUUCGACAAGGGCGUCCGGAGAACCACGCGGGUCCCGCUGCGCCCCCUGGAGUGGUGGCGGAACGAGUCGUACGAAUGGGAAAGGGCGUAUGACAGCCUUCCCACUAUUGCGAGAAGAAAUCUGCUUUCUCCCGACCCCAUCUGGCCCAGAAAUGACGGCACGAUUGCAGCGAAGCUGCGGAAGGGAAAAGCUGCUGCUAAGUUCCCGGCUUUGACUUGCAGCUCGACUCACAAGCUUUGAUGAGUAGAUGCAAUGACAGGGCAUUUGGCAACCGCUGGUUGUGAAUAUUGCUUAGCAGCACAUGCAUGACAAUCGCUAAUAUGUAGGUUUCAGUACUUGUCAGUUUCUUAAUGGCGGUGAGACUGGAAUGCAAUCAUGUCGUUGCAGCAGCGACCCGCUGUAGGCAAGAAUCUUAUUGAAGGAUGCGCUUGAGAUAUGUAAAUGCACGAUUCAAGUUGACGUGUGCUUCUCCUUAGCAGUAGCUACGAACUGAGUGCUCGAUCCUCGAAGAAACAUCACGCUCUUAAAAAGGUACGGUGUUGGCGUUCAAAGUUUCUCGAGCGCCCUGUCCUUGAGCUAAAUCAUGC